ACGACAAAGGACGUAAACAACGCUUGUAAAAUAAACGCUAAAUUGUUAUUGUUCUAGCUAGGUACAAAAGUGCACAGAAUGAAGGGGGGUUAUAUGUGAAAAAGGCGUUAUAACGACUGAAUAACGGGUGCAAGAGAUGGAGGACGGAAAUAUUACUGACGGUGCGCCCAUCUCAAAGAAUCACACAGGCUCCCACCACAUGCAGACUCCGAAGAACGAGGAUACCUAUGAAAUCUCCAUUCCGUUUGAAGAGAACAACUUUGAGCAGCAAGGCUUCUUCAACCAGAAUGAACAGAGUUUUGACGAGUCACCUCCAUCAUCGGGUGCCCCCCCACCAGGCAGCUCCUACUUGCUAAUCACCAACCUGCGAACACAGCUGCAGAUCUCCCUGGAGAAGAACUCAUGGCUACACAAACGUAUUGAAGAUCUGGAGGAGGAGAGAGACUUCUUGCGCUGCCAGCUGGACCGCUUUAUCUUCUCCACCAAGACCCAGGGCCAGCAGAGCCAUGGUCCUAGCCAGAGCCAGUGCAGCAACGGCUAUGACUCAAGACGUUUUGAAUGGAAGGCAAGGAGAGAGACAGAGAGGCCUGCUGAGCAGAAGUCUGAGCAACAGCGUUUCGCCUCUCGUCAGAUAUUCCAGCGAAGACCUGGCCCCACUGCCAUGGCCCCACCCAAAAAUCACACCUCCAGCACGAUAGCCAGUCAGAUGGCUGCAAUGAGCUCCAUGUUCAGCCCAGGGGCAUCUCAGUCCCUUUUGCAGGGACAUAGCAGUGGCAGCAACAGUAGCAGCUCCAGACCAUCCAUGAGUGAUAUGAAUGCACAUGGAAGCGUCGGACCAGAUUCCCUGUCCCUCCUGGGGGAGGCCGAGGAGUUCUUGGAACAGGAUGGCUACAUGGAUGAGGAGGAAAUGAUUUCUGGGGAGAACGUGAUGUCAGAGGGCAUGAGCAGCGGUGCACACCCAGGGAUGAAGAGGAGACGGGUCUUCCGAAUUACUAGAGAGAGGCAGAGAGUCAAAGACGCAGCUGGGGUGCUGUUCCGCUACAAGAAGAUCCUUCUGACCUACCAGCGGCUGAAGAACAUGUCCAAGGCCUUCCAGAUCCAUGGGGUUGACCGCAACACGGUGGCCUCCACCACACCUAUCGCUGAGCUGCUGCUGGUGGCCCCUGAGAAGGUGGCGGAGGUGGGCGAGUUUGACCCAUCCAAGGAGAAGCUGCUAGAUUACGCACGCCGCUGCUACAUCGCCCUGGACGAGGAGACGCUCAGCAGGGUGCAGGCCCUAAAGAAGAACAAUCUGCUACUCCCCAUUUCUUACAGGUUCAGACACUGAUUGGGGAGGGACGCUGGGGCUAAUGGGAUGGUUGUGGGGUGGGGCUUCAUUUUGUCUCGGAGAGGAGCAGAGAGUGACUGGGAGAAGGGCGUCACUCAACCAUCUCCCUAAGAUUCUGAAAUGUAUGGAGCGAUCAGAUGUGUGUAGGAGUGUGCUGGCUAUGUUGUUGUCCAUCAUCCCAUACAUUCAUCUUUUACUUUUAGCUAUUUGUUAAAGAUUGACUAAAACACAAAAAGAAUGGUCUUAAACUGUAUAAUGAACUGCCGAACCGUACCAUGUCAUUUAAUUAUUAAAAACAAACAACUUAUUAUCUGUUUAGAUAUUUGGCUAGAGAAGCGCUGUUCCCUUCCGGUAGGUGCAUUUGGUAGGACGUGUGGGGCACGCUCACUCAUCGCAUGCACAACAACAUUAAAUCAAGCCUCUAAAGGCCAAAAAGGGUUUGAGUUGGGCUGGAAGCCACGCCUUCCAAGUGUUUAAAUCACAGCUAUGCCCUCUCCACAUUGAUUCUCUGUUCUUUAUUACUACAAAUAGGAAUUUCCUAAGCUUUUUCUGUGUAAUUCAGUGUAAUUCAUUUUCGAUAGUUUCAUUACCAUUUCCACAUUGUUGUUUUAACUUAAGUCAUGCAUUUACUUUCCCGUGCCACAGUAGGGUUGGGAAAAGAGCUCCACUCUUCAGAGUGGGAACACAAGUAUGGCCUAUUAUACCUCUUGAUGGAAGUCAGUAGGAGUGCUCUACAUUAGUGGGCCUCCCUAGCCACAUUACCCCAAGAGGACAUGCUCACACUGGUCCGAUUGCAGUUGUGGCCCCCCGCUGGCCAACGAGUAGGUUUUGGUACACGCAGGAUUAGACUCUAGGGGCUUGAUCCCUGAGCGCUCUCAUAUCUCAGCAGGGCGCUUGUCUUUAAAUAUCUACUACUCAAUCAGCCCUCUACCAGGGCUCUGUGUGCAUGUAAAUGACAGGCUUUGGAAUGGUGAUUCAGAGACAGGGGACAUGAUCUCUAGCAAAGCGCCGCUGUGGACAUGUUCCUACAAUACCGCCUCGAGUGCGUCCUGUCAUUUUCCACAAUAUAGACUUAGUCUGCCUGCGAAACUGGCACUUACAGUUUACCUGUUGCUAUUUCAGCAUAUAAUCUGGCGAUAUGAAACCACAUUACUCUUGAAUCUGGUGUCGGUUAAACGCAAGCGCUAUCCACGUGCAGUAAAAACCUCCUGUACUAAAUUAGCCAUUUAUGGAUUCCAGGGUGACUUUUCACCAUAAUGCAGCUUUUACGCCUAAAGGUCAGUGAGGGCCUUGUGCUGUCGAGUUGCAGUGAAUAGUGGACCUCAAUUAAUGUAGAUAAGGUGAGCCAGGAUUUUAUCACCUGGAAGUCAGGGUUUCCUGUUCAAAUUGAGCCCCUAGAUGUCUUAAAAGGCAUAACUGCAUUAUAUGUUCAAAUUGUAUGAGCUGUGAGCCAACAUGUCUUAUCUCAUUCCCGUCUUUAUGGAACCAGGGUUAUAGACAUUUUGAAAUUUUUUAUUGAGCUGUACAAAAUCUGUCCAUAAAAGAAUACUGUGAAGUCAGCCUGCCCUGUUCUUAAUACUGUAGAAGUAUUUUGCCUGUGUUGGAUUAUUUAUCGAUGGCAUUGAUGAACCGAAGGAAAACUGUUGUGUGGUUUUCAAACUGAGAAAGAGGCAGAGUUCGAUUUUUUCAUAAUUUGAUAUUUUAUGGCCCAAGUCAACCUUUAAAAAUAAUUUUUAAGCAUUGUGUAUUUCUGAUUAAAUAACUUUUUUUUUUCAGUGCAAAUAUGACAUGUAGCCCUUUUUUAAAAGCAAAAAAGUGGACCAGUGCUUAAUGGUAUACUGUUUUAAUCUCAUGAAGGAACAGUGAUCCAAUUAUAGAUUUGUUGCAUUCCAAACUGGCUCUUUUGUUUUCAUCAUACCUGAAAUAGGUACUACAUUGACUUUCUUUGACAUUCUGAGGUAAUAUGGUCUGUUUUGACUAUAAUCUCUUUGUGCUGUCAGAAUUCCACCUUCAGUGUCUUCAUAUGGUGAGGAAAUGGUGUCAUAUUCCACAAACUUUCAAAAGCAUUGCCAUUACUUUGUAUCAGUCUUUACUGAUGUUUGUUGUUGUCUUUUCUCUAGAACUAAAACAAUGUUUUUAUUAUUGUU